UACUAUCAGUGGCUUUCUGCAGCUGGUUUUCCUCUAUUUUAUCGGAAAACUUUUCGUUUGAAAAAGUGCGGUUCCUUCAGAAUCGCAGGCUCGCAGCUAAGAAUGGAUUCAGAAUAUGAAAAGAAAAUAGCUGAGCUUAAAAGUAAAAUAAAGAGUUUUCCUGACUUUCCUAAAAAAGGAAUAUUAUUUUGGGACAUAUUCUCAGCAAUCUCAGACGGCCAAACCGCCAAACUGCUCCAGAACUUACUCGUACAAACCGUCAAAGCGAAAUUCCCACAAGUGGAAGCCAUCAUCGGUCUGGAGUCCCGAGGCUUCCUGUUCUCAUUUGCCCUGGCAGCAGAGCUGGGAGUAGGCUGCAUACCGGUCAGGAAGAAAGGAAAGCUUCCUGGAGAUGUUGCUUCGUAUAAAUAUGAUUUGGAAUAUGGAUCGGAUAUAUUAGAAAUCCAGAAGAACACAAUCCAACCCGGACUCAACUGCCUCAUCGUAGACGAUUUGAUAGCCACUGGUGGCUCUCUGGCUGCUUCCAUACAUUUGCUCAAAACCUGUGGUGCCAACGUGAUCGGCUGUUUGACAGUCAUCGAACUGGAAUCUUUGAACGGACGCAAGAACAUUCCAGACGGUAUACUGGUACAUUCCUUGAUUAAGUAUGAUUAGCUAGUCUAGAUCUAAGCACAAAAAUUCAAACAAAAUGACAUGAAACCAAUUAAUUUGUAAAUUGACUGAGAAGUCUUCUCUGAGAUCAUUAAGCGAAGUGAUUUUACUCAAAAGCAAGAGCCCCAAUGAUUUAUGAAUGUUUUAUGGCCAUAUUCAGUGAAAAAUCUAAUAAAUAAGCAAUAUCAAAUAACUUUAUAUAAAGUUGGAAAAAAAUAUUAAUUAAUUCAACUAGGCCUGUAGGCCUAGGAUGCGCGCCGCGAUAAGCGUUUAUCACGCCAUUUUAUCGAUUUUACGUGAUAAGCCCAUACAUUU